UGUACACCCGACAAAAGGGAAUUAAAGUUCCUUGUAAUGCCAGAGCCAGAGAGCUUUCCACUGGAUCUCAGUAAGCAAUCCGUAAAGUCUAGUGGAGCUGACAUCUUUCCUGAAUAUUUGGACAACAUGCUAUUCUUCAUUAAGGAUAACAAAGAGUUAAUGCUUACGAGGAUUAAUCGUGCAUUUAAUGCCAGGUGUGAUAUCAUCACACAGAGCCAAGUGCUGCAAGCUCUCAAAUGCACCAUCUAUACGAAACGCAAUUGGAGAAUUCUUGGUACCAAGUUCCAAGACGCCUAUUACUUAUGUCUCGCGGAACCAAUCUUUCAGGCAGUUACACCGGAGGCGUCGCAGACGGAAAGAAUUUGUCAGAAUUUGGAGACAAAACUGAAGCGGUUUUUAUAUUCGGAUACUCCCAAAAAGCAACAUUUGAGGACCGAGCGUGACGGCGGGAAGUUUUAUAAGGUGUUUCAAGUAGAAAUGGACGAAUUAACCGUGGUCUAUGAAUCUCCAAUGGGUGCCACAUGCAAUCGAGCAAAAAACUCAUUCACGGAUUGCAAGGUGAUUCCUCCACUAUUUUCAACCCAUGAUGCAAGCAGAUUCUCACAAUCAGAUCUGGAAUUAUCGUGGUGGUCGGAAUGUUCUCUAAAUGGUGUUGAAGAGAUUUGCGUAGCACGUCCAAAACCAUCUGGCCAUGUCGAUGCCAUUGAACUGAUUAGCUCAGCGUCACUAAUUGCAAAAAAUUCCGAAAUGUGGUCGGUAGAGAAGUGCAACAACUGCAUGAUCUAUAUCCUGAGACAAAUAUGCAAUGCGAUGGAAGUGAAUUGUCCUGAUACGGUCUAUCAGUUCGAAUACGACUCCAACUCAAGUAAUAUUAUAGUCGGAGCCAAUUAUGAGCGCAGUGAGAUGACAUUUAUUGCGGAUUGGUAUCGCCGCAUCUUGAAAAGAGAAUAACUCAGUCAAGUCAACAAUGAGUCUGCAGCAAUCCGGCUUACAAACUUCAGAGCAACUUUACAGGGUAUUGGACUCCAUGUGACCCCCAGGUGGCUGAAUUGUAUUUGUUCUCUGGCUUGUUUUCAUUGAAUAGAACGAGUUAAUUAAUAUUCUAAUACGAAUUAAAUUUGUUUCAGCUUGGAUUAAAAUAGUAUAUGCAGUAACAUUUAUCCGAUUUUGUUUUUUUUUGACACAAAAAUAAUGAAAUGUAAAAAAGUCGAAUAUGUCAUUUGAAGUACCUUCAAAUUUGGCAUUACAUAGAAUGGAUGGAUAGGAUGCUUUUCCACCCAUUUUCCCCCUCAUUUUCCUCAGUCUGUCUGACUGCGGAAAACUGCGUGAUAAAGCAGCUUACAAAGCGAAUAAAUGGGGUAA